AUGUCUAAUAUUAUCAUUCCUUUGAGUUCCGACUCUGCUGAAGGAGUGGUUCUCGAUAAUAGUCUAGUCGAACAAAUCGUAGCAAUACACAAAAAACCAUUUCACUUGUCGCACAUUGAGUAUGAAAAUACAUCAAAAGCUGUUGGAAGAAUAUUUGUAAGGUUUAAGGUACCAGGAAAAGAGAAGGCAUUUUGGUCGUGUGGCACUGGUUUUUGCGUGAAGAGUAAUCUUGUUAUGACUGCUGCUCAUGUGCUAUCAUUCCCUGUAGAUACAUCUGCAUCAAAAGAAACCCAAGAGAUGCAGAGAAAUCUUAAAUACGAAAAGAUUUUUAUAUACUUUGAUGACGAUGCCACUGUAGGGGAUGAUCCCGACUUCCCAAUGUACGAGUUGGAGUCAUGUGGCAGAGAAUGUGAUCAUACGUUUAAUGAUCCUUUGAUUAUCACUGGUGAUAAUAUUAGACCUAACCGCAGCCAAUAUACUGAUACUGAGUCAAGUGGAAGUGAUCAUACACCUAACGAUUCUUUGUCUGGAGAUAACGGUAAAUCGUCUGAUUUGGAGUCGGAGUCAAGUGGUAGUGAUUUUGAUAAGACAACGAACUAUUAUCUGACUAAAGACAAAGCUGUAUACCCUGUAGACGAUCAAAGAUACGUCUGGAACACCAACAACGAUAUGGAGAUUCUAAGAUUCAAAGGAAUACAACCAACAGACAUAGACAUUCUAUUUCCAAUGAUUCCAACUAAUGGCCAAGAGAUUGACGACUAUACAUUUCAUCAAUCUUCCAAUCAACAGCCAAAGUUUGAUCACUAUGUUGUAGGAUAUCCAGAUGAAUUUGUGAAAGAAAUUGGCAAUCAAUUGGAGGAUAUCAUUGAAACUUGCCAGAAAAAGACUAUCUUUAUUGGCAAAGUUGUCAGUUUAAAAGAUAAUGUAAUUUCACAUAUAUGUCCAACACUCAAAGGUGCUGCAGGUGGUAUUUUGGCCAACUACAAAUCCGAAAGAAAGUUCAUUGGGGUUCAUCUCGGUGGAAAUUCAGAAAUAACCAAUGGUAAUUUUGCACUCUCAGUGACACACCCAUUGUUCUGGCAUUUUUAUCAUACUUUUGUUCUUGAUGAUCAAUUCAUCAACGAAAACCUUCAACAUUUGGAACAAUAUCUGAAUUAUUUUAAAUAUAAAAAUGAAUCUAUAUCAUUCAUUGAUGAAAGAUUUUUUCUUGGUUCAGAUCUAGACAAAAUAUUUACAUUAAAUAGUGAAUCAAAGAUUAACCUACCUGACACGGAACUCCCUGAUCGUCUAAAUUAUGAAACAGCAUCAAAAGCAGUUGGAAGAAUAUUUGUAAGAUUUUUAUUACCAGGCAAUAUUGAAGAAUGGAAUUUUGGAACUGGUUUUUGUGUGAAGAAUGAUACUGUUGUAACUUCUGGUCACCUUCUCCAAUAUCAAGAUCAAUCUAAGAUCUUCGAACAUGAUAAGAUAUAUAUUUACUUUGGAUAUGAUGCCACCAUUGAAAGCGAAAUAUUUUUGGAUGAUAUUGACAAUAAUGAAGGUGUCUUUGAGUUGGAGUUAGUUUUCGGAAACUCCAAUGUCAAUAUCCUCAAAUUUAAAAGUGAACCACCACUCGAUCAAGAAUAUCUAUUACCAAUGAUUCCAACCAAUGAUUUAUCUUCUAAUCAUUUUGUUAUCGGAUAUCCAAACCAUAUUGAUUUCGACAGGUUUGUCGAUGAGUUCAGACAUCUGGAUGCAGGACAAAUAAUGAUUAGUAUCAUAAUGAAUACUCGUGGUUUUCAGCACAAGACGAUAUUCAAUCAAACGUCGAAUAUCAAAGAUAUCAAGGAAAUCAAAUUGCUUCAUCAUUGCCAAGCUCUCCCAGGUACUUCUGGUGGUGUUCUAUCAAACUCAAAACAUCAAAGAACAUUCUCAGGAAUACAUAUUGGUGGAUGGUCAAACUCAGAAAAUGUUGCUCUCUCUGUGACCAAUCCUCUAUUUUGGAAUGCCUAUCAUGAUUAUGUUUUGAAUGAUUCAGUGUUCAUCAAAGACAAUAAUUCCAUGUUGGAACCCUAUAUGUCUUUUUUCCAACCAUUCAAACUCUCUACUUUAAUUACUAAAGAUAUACCAAUUGGAGAUAUCAGAACAUUCGGUAAGGGUAGGGAAUCAAAGAUCCCUUUGAGUAAUUCAACAUUAGAUAACAAAGAAUACUAUGAAAAUAUAUUUGAAAGUAAUAAUUUUGGAUCGAAACUUUCGAGUGGUGAAUCUAUUACACUUAAUGAUGGACAAUCGAUGACUGUACAACAACUAUACUUGAAAUCAAUAGAGUGUGAUCCAACCAAUUCUAUGUCAUAUUAUAACCUUGCAACAACACUUUCAAGAGGUGAAUCAAUCACACUUAAUAAUGGACAAUCAAUGACAAAACAACAAUUAUUAUUGAAAUCAAUUGAUUAUGAUCCAACCAAUUCAUAUCCAUAUCAUAACCUUGCACCAACACUUUCAAGAGGUGAAUCAAUCACACUUAAUAAUGGACAAUCAAUGACACAACAAAUAUUCUUGAAAUCAAUAGAAUUAUAUCCAACCAAUUCAAAUUCAUAUCAUAACCUUGCAACAACACUUUCAAGAGGUGAAUCAAUCACACUUAAUAAUGGACAAUCAAUGACAAAACAACAACUAUUCUUGAAAUCAAUUGAAUGUGAUCCAACCAAUUCAUAUUCAUACUAUAGCCUUGCAACAACACUUUCAAGAUUUGAAUCAAUCACACUUAAUGAUGGACAAUCAAUGACUGUACAACAACUAUACUUGAAAUCAAUAGAAUGUGAUCCAACCAAUUCAAAUUCAUAUCAUAACCUUGCAAAGACACUUUCAAAUGGUGAAUCAAUCACACUUAAUAAUGGACAGUCAAUGACAAAACAACAAAUAUUCUUGAAAUCAUUAGAAUGUGAUCCAACCAAUUCAAUUUCAUAUAAUAGCCUUGCAACAACACUUUCAAGAGGUGAGUCAAUCACACUUAAUAAUGGACAAUCAAUGACACAACAACUAUACUUGAAAUCAAUAGAAUGUGAUUCCAUGUCAUAUUAUAACCUUGCAAUGACACUUUCAAGAAGUGAAUCAUUCACACUUAAUAAUGGACAAUCAAUGACACAACAACAACUAUACUUGAAAUCAAUUGAAUGUGAUCCAACCAAUUCAAAUUCAUAUAAUAACCUUACAACAACACUUUCAAGAGGUGAAUCAAUCACACUUAAUAAUGGACAAUCAAUGACACAACAACAAUUAUACUUGAAAUCAAUAGAAUUAGAUCCAACCAAUUCAAAUUCAUAUUAUAACCUUACAAUGACACUUUCAAAUGGUGAAUCAAUCACACUUAAUAAUGGACAAUCAAUGACUGUACAACAACUAUUAUUGAAAUCAAUAGAAUGUGAUCCAACCAAUUCAUAUUCAUACUAUAGCCUUGCAACAACACUUUCAAGAGGUGAAUCAAUCACACUUAAUAAUGGACGAUCAAUGACUCAACAACAAUUAUACUUGAAAUCAAUAGAAUUAGAUCCAACCAAUUCAUAUUCAUACUAUAGCCUUGCAAAUACACUUUCAAGAGGUGAAUCAAUCACACUUAAUAAUGGACAAUCAAUGACUGUACAACAAAUAUUCUUGAAAUCAAUAGAAUUAGAUCCAACCAAUUCAAAUUCAUAUUAUAACCUUGCAACAACACUUUCAAGAGGUGAAUCAAUCACACUUAAUAAUGGACAAUCAAUGACACAACAACAACUAUUCUUGAAAUCAAUUGAAUGUGAUCCAACCAAUUCAUAUUCAUAUCAUAGCUUUGCAACAACACUUUCAAGAUUUGAAUCAAUCACACUUAAUAAUGGACAAUCAAUGACUGUACAACAACUAUACUUGAAAUCAAUAGAAUUAGAUCCAACCAAUUCAAAUUCAUACUAUAGCCUUGCAAUGACACUUUCAAGAGGUGAAUCAAUCACACUUAAUAAUGGACAAUCAAUGACUGUACAACAACUAUUCUUGAAAUCAAUAGAAUGUGAUCCAACCAAUUCAAAUUCAUAUAAUAACCUUGCAAUGACACUUUCAAGAUUUGAAUUAAUCACACUUCCAAAUGGACAAUCAAUGACAAAACAACAAAUAUUCUUGAAAUCAAUAGAAUGUGAUCCAACCAAUUCAAAUUCAUAUCAUAACCUUGCAACAACACUUUCAAGAGGUGAAUCAAUCACACUUAAUAAUGGACAAUCAAUGACAGAACAACAACUAUUCUUGAAAUCAAUAGAAUUAGAUCCAACCAAUUCAUAUUCAUAUUAUAACCUUGCACCAACACUUUCAAGAGGUGAAUCAAUCACACUUAAUAAUGGACAAUCAAUGACACAACAACAAUUAUACUUGAAAUCAAUAGAAUUAGAUCCAACCAAUUCAUAUUCAUACUAUAGCCUUGCAAAUACACUUUCAAGAGGUGAAUCAAUCACACUUAAUAAUGGACAAUCAAUGACAGAACAACAACUAUACUUGAAAUCAAUUGAUUGUAAUCCAAACCAACUCCAUGUCAUAUGA